UGAUUCUCCAGCAGCAGCAGCAGUAGCGGUUUCAUCUCUGUGUUCAAUUGUGUCCGAGCUAUCGUUGCGAAUAGACGUUACUGUUUGCUGAUCGUACGGGUGGUUUUCCGUUUGUUUCCUUUCAAUCGCAAACACUUUUGCUAUUAAUUUCGGCUUUUUAUCGUCAUUAUCGGUGUUAUUAUUGUUAUUAGUAGUUGGUGAGGUGUUUCGUUCAACUUGAACUUUGAAUCGCAGCAUUGUUUCUUUCUGCACGGAAUAACAGAAGUUUUUUUUUUUGUUCGAAUCUGUGUCUCGUAUGAUCCGAUCUUUCAUUCCAUAUUUCCGAGGAAUUGGAUAAUUGAUUAAUGGUGGAGGUUGCCGGAGGAAGAAGACGGAAAAUAUUUCAAGUGCAGUGGAUUUUUACGUCCGAAGGAGAAAAAGCUUUUUAACACAUCAGUUUUCGGGCGUUUGACCAUAAUAUCUCGUUUGCUGAUCAGUUUGGAGGUGUUUGGUGCAGUGGUGAAUCCGAAAUUGUGUGUUUUUCAUUGAGCAAUUCACGGUUCAAUAAUAGAAGUGAGUGUGAGUGGAGAAAAAGAAGAGUGGAUUACCGAAAGAGAAAUUUUGCUGGUGAAGGAAAAAGCGAAGUUGAAACGUAAUCAAAAAGGUGCUGUUUUUUUUGGUCUGUCUGUUUCGGAGGCUUUGUGUGAAGGCCUUUCGAGUGAAUUUUCUGUGUGGAAAGUGUGCAAAAAUUUACACCACUGCUCGAUCGAGGAGGUACUACUCACCGAGAAGCAAGAGAGCGAUCAACGAGCGGUGAAAUACCAGAGCUGUCAAAAUGAAUAAAUCCUGUGCCCGGUGUCAGAAGGUGGUUUAUUCCAUCGAGGAGCUCAAGUGCUUGGAUAAGACAUGGCACAAAACAUGUUUCCGAUGUCACGAGUGCGGUAUGACACUGAACAUGAAAACAUACAAAGGUUUCAACAAACUCCCGUACUGCGAAGCACACAUCCCAAAAGCCAAAGCCACCACCAUCGCCGAAACGCCGGAGCUGAAGCGGAUAGCGGAAAACACCAAGAUUCAGUCCAACGUCAAAUAUCACGCAGACUUUGAGAAGCUGAAAGGAAAAGUCACACAGGUCGCCGACGAUCCCGAAACGCUGCGAAUCAAGCAAAACACGAAAAACAUCUCCAACGUUGCCUACCACGGUGACUUACAGAAGAAAGCUGCCAUGGAAAGACAAAGAGAAUGUACAGAAAUUAUCGAUAGUAAAGACAACAACGAGUUGGAAUCGGAAUACUUUUCCGAGCAAUUGGCAGCGGAAUCGCUGCCCCAUUACCAACCUCCUCCCCCACCACCGGUGGUAGCACCCGUGUCGCACUCACUAUCACAGGCGUCCAUGACCGGGUCGUCAUCGUCGCUGUCGUCAUCGAUUGGUCCUAACGUAACUGCCGCUACCAAUCCGACGGCAGCCGUGUCCCAACAGGCUCAAAUAACCCCGACUUCGACCCUGACGAAGCACAAUCUGAGCAAUUUGAACCAGAAUCAAAACAACUAUCAAUCAUCACAAGCAUACCAAGCGACCAACAACAACUACAGACCGCAGGCCUAUCAGCAGCAGGCUCCUCCUCCGCAACAGCAGCAGCAACAACAGCAGCAGGCCAACCAUUAUCAUCACAAUAGCAAUAGUAGCAGCAAUGGUAGCGACGGAGUGCGUCAAACUGUGCUGCAAAGCUCGCAAACUCCGUCGGGAAGCGUCGUCCAAAAUCAAAAGUACUACGACCCUUAUGACAACUACGCAAGACCAAAUCCGAAUGCGGCAAUGGUAAACAAUAAUAACAACUACAACAGUCAUUACCAUCAUAGCCAGCAGGCCGGCGUUGGUGGAGGUGGCGGUGGUAGUAAUGAAGGAAGCAAUGGUGCUGCACACAAUUAUCACCACUUGCAACAGCAACAGCGGCAGCAGCAACAACAUCAACAUCACCAUGGUCAGCAUCAUCCACAGGCAGAUGCUGUCUAUGGGCAUCCCCAGCAGCAACGAUACAAUGGUCAACAGUACGCACAACAGCAGCAGUACCAAUUCAACAAUGGUAACGUCAACAACGGUGCCGGAAUCGGCAAGAUUGCCGACUACGAUCCACUAACCGAUGGUCCCAGAAACAUCCCGCAACCGAGCCGGCAGAGCGCGACCCUGAUCUACAGCUCCGGAAACUUAACUUCCAACAACAAUCGACGAAUCGGUUCCGUUAACGACAUUGAUCCGGUUAAUGGAUUAUACGGUUCGGUUUCGGAAACCCAGCAGCACCAGCAGCAGCAAAAUGUCAUUUAUCAUCAGCAACUCCUACAGCAACAGCAGCAGCUGUAUCAACAACAACAACAGCAGAGACAAUCGCAGCUUCAACAACAACAACAAGCACAGCAGCAGCAGCAACAACAACAACAAGCACAGCAACAGCAACAACAACAACAACAACAAGCACAGCAACAGCAGCCGACGCAAUACAUUCAACCUCCUCAGCAAUACGGAGCACCUACGUCGACUCCGGCCGCGAAACCGAUGGGAAAAGUGCGCGUCUACCGUGCCUUGUACGACUACGAAGCUCAGGAUAGCGACGAGGUGGGCUUCACCGAGGGAGACCUGAUCAUCGAGGUCAAUUCGAUUGACUCCGGCUGGAUGACCGGACGCGUCGAACGGACCGGACUUACGGGAAUGCUGCCCGCCAACUAUGUUGAACUGGUCAAGAUAUAGGAAGGAAGUCGUAGUCUCGUGCGCAAAUAAAAAAGAUCCCGUUCAUGAAACUUACCAUUAACCGACAGCCCAAACCGAGAUUGAAGGUAAGUGUAAAGUUCUUGAAAAUAUGGCGCGGCAAGGAGAAGGGACACGGAACGAACGAAAAUUACCAAUCUUAGUUUUCUUGUCUAGUGUAAAAAGUAAAACAUCUAAUUUAAAUUACUAUUCAAGCUACUUUACGAGAUACAAUAGCGAUGCGGCAAGAUGCGAUCAGAAACGAAGCAUAUGUUUUUAAUUUUAUUUUUGUUAUUCAUUUGAUAUUUGCGUUAUUUUGCCCAAACAUUUCCAAAUGGAGAGUCAUUCAGCAAAUGGUGCUGAUUCGAGCGUAUAAGUAUACAAAGCAGCUCGUAAGGCAAUCUAGACUAUCUUAGAGCCGACCUGAUUUUUGUAGCAUUUAUUGAAACUGUAAACAUUCGUAGUCUGUAUUUGUAUUCGUACGAAUCAAUAGAAAAGGAAGGUGAAUCGAUACGCGUAUUUGAUCUAUAGGAUAUCCGGAACAGAAAACAUUCGACUGUGUGUAAACUACAGAAGACUUAGUAGUACCGUGCCUUUGUUCAACAACAACUGAGAAACCCCUCUAUCGGAGAAACAACUUUGGAUGCAAUUUUUUACAAACUAGUAAAUAAGCAAAUCGUUUUUUCUAGAAAUCAAAAUUAUUCUAUGAUAAUAAAAAAUUGAGCUUCCGUUUGUUGUAUACAGAUUCUGUGAUAGACGAAUGUGUAUUUGGGAAUGAGCGCCCCUCUUUGUACCGGUUUCUUUCACACCAAUUGGCGUAGGUAGCAUUAACCAGGAAUACAUUCGGAGGACAGUUACGGUUCCGGUGUUUUAAUUUUCAAGUCAAUAAGUGUCAUCCCCAUUACAACAAUAAAAGUGUUUUCCUUGUUACAUAAGCAGCAACAAAAUGAAAAUAAAAUAAAGAAAACUACGUGUUAAGUAUACGUUCCACACAUGCAAGUUUACUACGUACAUUUACACAAUUGAAUAUAUUUUAUGCUUCUAUAAACAAAUUAAUUUAUAACACAAAUUCAAGUCAAUAAACAACACAUAUACAAGUGCUACUGUUAGUAUAAAGCAAAUGAAAUGUUAUAUAACACUAGUAAUAGUGAUGUAUAGAGCAGAAAACGAGCAAAAAUCAAAUUAUAAAGGCAACUGGA